AUCAUUCAUGCGUGACGAGUCAAUGGGGUCGCGGUUUUCGGGUUGUUGUUGCUUUUACGUGUGAUGUGCAUGCGGACUGCUGUUCUCUUUACUGCACAUUUUGCAUUAGUGGGAAAAGGCAACUCACUGCACAAGGUGAUAAAACUUAACUACUUGAAGGAGGAGUAGUUAAGACUGCUUUUAUUUGGAACAAUAUCCAAACCCAAUUUCCUGCAAUCAGUUGGCAUCAUUUGACAAACAAGAUGCGCUGUGUAGUGGUACUACUGCUUGCAGUGUGCAUCAAUGCUGAUGUGUACAUGCACAACCCGAGGGGCUCAAAUAACAGGUUAAAUGAGAGAUCUGCUAACCGACAAAAUGGCAACAGAAUGUUUGAUUCACAGAAUAACAACAGAGGUGGUUACAAUGUGGGAGAUUCAACUGAAAAUCCUUCCAACAGUGAGGACCAGCAGUACAGGAUGAAAUAUUUUUCCAGUGCGGCCUACAAGACAAUGACGGCAAACGGUGAACUGACCGGACAGGGUCAGAGCCUUAUGACCAUGGAGUGGACCAACCAGCACGGCUGCGGUGGAGAUGAGAACACCGACCCGCAUAAACUCAAUUGUAACAUUGUGUUGCAGUACAUGUGUCAAGAAGACGCUGCCACUGCUACAGGUGAUGAUGACACAAUCCGUAAUGGCCGCACAACCAAUACCCAGGCUCACACCAGGAUCAACAAUCUGAACGAGAACCAGAACGCUGCCAAUAAUCGCAAGAACAACAACGUCAGAGAAGACCGUGGAUUGCAUGAAAAAUGGGACUGGUAUGAUAAAUGCUACAACAGGGAACGUAAUGCUGGGUUGUUCACUGCUGACCAGAAGCUGAAAACCAAUAACGGUAAUGGAUACAGCUCGGCAAUUUACACCCGGCAGAAUCCCAACGGCAACAGACGUGGCUAUGAGUGUCCAGAAGAGAGAGACUAUUACCCUUACUGGCACCCCUCCCCCUGGAAAGACAUGGCUAUUCUCGUCAGCAACACAAGCUUGUGCGAGUUUUACCAGUCAGAAAGUUACAACGUAAUGCAGAAACAUGAAUGUGUGGAAACCUAUGGCAAUGGUAACACUGGUGACCGCAAGCACUGGUCUCGAUGGAACAAUGAGGCAGAGUGCACGGAAAAUGGCGGCCAGUGGUUGGCCUUCACCAACUAUCUAGAGAAAGCGCCACAAUACAAUACUGCUGCAGCUUGUACAGCAAGAUCUGGUACUGAUGGUGUACGCUACGUAUGGGGUCGUCCCGAAGGAGAGAUGACAGAGCAAUGCCUAGUAGCUUUAGAUCCUCCAGAUUGUCAGCCGGCCCCAUGGACCAGGGUUAAUCACCUGGGGAAUACAAGGGGCGGAGAAGCCAGUCAGUAUGAAUGGACUAUGCCGUACUUCCCAUCUGGAAACACACAAAGAUGCGUUACACGACUUAGAUACAACAUCACCACAGAUGACUAUGAUCCAAUCACUACAGAUGCUGCCCAAAACCAAGACGUGAAUGGAGGUGUCAUCUCCCCUGUUCAGCAGAAUCCCUAUGUUGAUAUCGGCGCUGAUCGUCUGGCCCUUCGUCUAGCCAUCAAUACAGCCCAGUUUGGUCGCACCUUCCAGGAUCGUUCCCAUGCUCUGAUCAUGAUGCCACGCCCAGCUGGUGAUGAUGUGAAUGCAGCCAAGAUCUUCAAUUUGAAUGUCCGGGGGAAGCGAGGUAACAUUGUGCAGACGUUUCCAGCAGUAGAAUACGACUUCAUCCCCAAAAAUUUGGAGAUUAAUGCUGGUGAUCUGGUGCACCUUCAGUGGACAGGAUCCAAUACCCACAAUAAUCAAGCACCAGGAGGUGACGGUCAGACUGGUGAUGCAGGAGAAGGAAGAGGAGGCACUGACCGGACUAACAUUGUGCAGAUGUUGAAUCAGCUUGAUAACUAUCCGAUGCCUUUUGAGCAGAGUACGAUGUGGACCGAUGCUACAGUGAAAUGGAUUUACUUCCAGGAUACCCCUAACAUUACACCUAAGGACUUGGCAGUCAACAUAGCAAGCUCGGGAUUCUACCAGUGUAUGGAAGCAGCCACCUGUGCGUCUCAAUCUGUGGCGAACAAGAACACGAUGAACAAUCUACUGAACAACGCACCCGCUUCAUACCCAGGAGCACUCAUGCAAUUCGCAAAGGGAGAGUAUUUCUACAUGGGGAGUCGCAAUAAUAACUUCAGCAAUCGCAGUCAGAAGGGCAGACUUAUGAUCAAGUAAGGUGG